AUGUCUCGCAACACAUCCCCGAAGUUAUGCAUCCUGGGAUGUGGCACAAUGGGGAGGGCCAUUUUAUCAGGAAUUUUGAGUUCCUUGAGUUCAGGCGUGCAAAGUUCUUCCGGCAAUGAAUCGGCGUUCACCCCAGAGAAGUUUAUUGCUUGUGUAGCAGGGGAGGAAUCUGGACAUCGAGUUAAAAGGGAUUUCGGGGAUCGCGUUACGUUAUUGAUUGGAGAGAACAUUAAAGGCGUCGGUGAAGCUGACAUUGUGCUUUUAUGUACAAAACCUCAGGUAGCCAGAACAAUUUUAAUGGAAAGUGGUAUGGCUCAAGUACUAGAGGGAAAACUAGUUAUAAGCAUACUGGCUGGAGUAACGAUAAAGCAACUAAAAGACUGGGUUCCUGACUCGACCAGGGUCAUACGAGCUAUGCCGAACACCCCUUGCAUGAUACGAGAAGGAAUGACUGUGUUAAGUUGUCUGGCUAACAUUCAAGCGCACGACAAAGAAUUAGCGCUAUGGGUAUUUUCUACUUUGGGGCGGGUACGAUUUUUGGACGAAAAACAUUUAGAUGCUGUUACUGGUCUUUCCGGAAGCGGCCCCGCAUUUGCAUGCGUCAUACUAGAGGCCAUGGCUGACGGUGGUGUUAUGAUGGGACUUCCACGUGAUGUUUCUUUUGAAUUAUCUGCUCAAGCGCUUCAGGGGGCCGCAAAAAUGGUGUUGCAAACGGGUAAGCACCCUUCUGAAAUCAAGGAUAGCGUCACAACUCCAGCGGGAUGCACGAUUGCGGGAUUACUUACCAUGGAAGAUGGUAAAAUCAGGUCUACAUUGGCAAGAACCAUUCAAGAAGCUACUUACGUUUAUGGUAAGAGUGAUCGUAACACAAGUCGUUAUCUCAAACGUGCCAUUUACGAUCAGGUUCGUUGUUACGUGUGGAAGGUAGUAAUGUCUGGGAUGAAAGUACAAAGUACUAUUUCGUAA